ACAAACAACAGCAACAAUCUUUUACUGUACUCUAGGUGUUAUUCAAUUUAUUUAGUAUUUCAGUAGUCAUAGUGCGUGUAAAUAUUAUUCGCUCUACUUUUAAGUUAAUCAAAUUCUGUGAAUUUAGUCAGAGAACUUAAUUUUCUGUGUAUAAUUUUGAUUCAAAGGAAAUGUAUUAAAAAUGAUUAAAGAAAAUACUGAAGUAAUCAAAGGACCUGAGAAAGUGGACGAAUUUUUGUUGUCUCUUUUUAAAGCUUUAGAUAGACAGAAAUCUAAAGAUGAUCGUAAAUCAGUGGAAAAGAAAGUGAUUGUUCGAAGGUUGCCCCCAACUAUGACUGAAGAACGAUUCCUCAAUGAAGUGUCUCCUUUACCCGAAUUCAAUUACAUGUAUUUUAUACCUGGUGAUUCUCAUGCAGUACCAUUCCAUCAUUCAAGAGUGUAUAUUAAUUUUCUUAAAGAAGAAGAUCUAUAUAUGUUUACUGACAAAUUUGAUGGUUACGUAUUUGUAGAUGACACUGGUGAUGAGUACCCGGCUAUAGUUGAACUAGCGCCAUACCAGAGAAUACCAAAAAAAAAAAUUGAUAAGGAUCCCAAUUGGGGUAAAAUACAUGAAAACCCAGUGUUCUUAGAAUUUAAACGAAAUUUUGAACAGAAAACUAUUGAUACUACACUAAAAACAACCCAGCACUUUUUCGAAUCUGUUGAAGAUAAAUCUCAAGAACAAGAUAUAAGUACUCCACUUCUUGAAUAUUUGGCAAAACAGAAUGAUAGGCAACGUUCACGGGUAAAUCAAAGAGAUGAACGCCGAAAAAAAGUCUUUAUCAAAAAACAAGAAAAAGAAGAUAUUCGUCGAUUCAAAAAAGUAGAAAAAGAGAUUUUUAUUAAACCUAAACCAGUAACCAAAAUCAGCACAAUUAGUAAAAGAGUAAUUGAUGAAAAACCCGUAAAAGAUACAAGCCAAAAAAAGAUGAUUAAAAGUUAUAAAGAUGACUCAGGAUUUAUUGGUGAAAAAAAAAAGUAUUAUGAUGAAAGUCAUAAAAUUAAAAUUGAUGAUAAAACUAAAAGUGAAGACAGUCAUAAAUUCAAAAGUGAUGAAAUUCAAAAAAAUAAAAGUGAAGACUUAUCUAAAGAUGACGAAAUCAAAAAAAUAGAAUUUAAAAUAAAAACAAAUAAGCUAAAUAAUACAAAUAAAUAUUUUGAUAAUGACUUGAAAGAUGAAAUUCCUUUGAAAUCUGAAAAAGUGAACAUAGAUAAUUUUAAAGAAGACAUUGAUAUUGUUAAAAAUCCAGAUAUCCCAAAACCAGAUACCCCAAAACUAGAAACUCCAAAACCAGAAAAUAUAGAAAAUAAAACUAGUGGAUCAUUGAAACACAAUGAUUCAUAUAAAGAAAAUGAUAUUGAAAUGGAUGAAUAUAAUAAAAAAUAUUCGCCUGAUGGAGAUAAAAAAAAUGUUCAAUGUAAACGAGUUGAUAAUCGCCGCCAAGAUUCCAAGACUGAACGUCGCAUUAGAAACAAAGAUCGCCCAGCUAUAGAAAUUUAUAGGCCCGGUAUGGGCAGAUUGAGUAAAAUUAAAGUAGAAAAUGACUCUGCUGAAUCAAAAUCUAAGAAGUAAUAAUAUAAUUAUAAAAAAUUUUCUUGGUUAUUGAUUUUCAAGCUUUUCUCCACUAAUUGUAUUACAUAUUAAAAUUAUGUUUUGUAAUAAUAAUAACAGAUUAUGUUAUAUCUGUUAGUUUCGUUAACAACUGUACCUUCUACAAGUAUGUAUCCAGGGAUGAAUUAAAUAGCAUACCGUGAAAAAUUACAUUAUAUUUUAUACGCAUGUUAUAAAUACUAACUUUACCAUUCUAUUUCAAUUAAAAUCAAGUCAAUUAAAAUACAAAUAUUUUAUAAAUUUAAAUUGUUUAAGUACAGAUUUUUCAAUUAUAUACCAACAGUGUAUUGCAAUAAGUUAUAUAACAGUGUAAUAUUUCUUAUUAUAAUUCAUACUUUAUUAAAAGGAUGACUUGAACCACUAUUAAUAUUGUAUCCAAAAUUAAUUCAUUUAUUUUAUGACACUAGCAAAACUUG